GCUGAACCCCUCUUUUCAUCACCUGGGCGGAUGAAAAUAGCCUGAAAAUCUAUCCACCCUGAAGUCCUCACACCCCGACAAAAGGGGACAGGACAAACUGGACUGGGCAAUGAGGAGUGUUGGACAUCAUCUCAUCUCAAUCAUCUCAUUUCGGCUCAGCUCUGUUAAGAUUGAACGGAUCUGAUCCAGCUGCUGUGUCAGUGCAGCAGAUACUGAGAAGACGGAGAGGAGACCAGGAACCAAAUUGAUGUCGUAGCGCAUUUCAUAAAAAUAGAAGAAAGCGCAUCAGCCAAAGCCACAGCUACACACGGACAGUUACCUGGGGGGCGGACAGUAUUUGACACUGUAGCGAUGUCUGAGGCGUUGUCACAGCAGGAGAGGCUCCAGGCUAUAGCAGAGAAGAGAAAGAGACAAACAGAGAUAGAAAACAAAAAAAGGCAACUGGAGGAUGACCGCAGGCAGCUGCAGCACCUCAAGUCAAAGGCAUUGAGGGAGAGAUGGCUGCUAGAUGGCGCGCCCUCUGCUGGCUCGGAGGAAGAUGAAGCAAAGAAACAGCUUCAAGAAGAUGAGGCCAAGACUAAAGGACUUGAGGAGGCUAUUCUGAGACUGGAACAGGAACUGGAGGAGUUGGAGACAGGUGUGUCCGCAACGUCCACCAAAGAAAACCUGUCUGAUGCAGUUCAGCAAGAGGAAACCAAGCCUGUAGAGAACAUGGUCACAGGAGAUUCCGUUAAAGAGGUCAGAGAGAUCAAAGUUCACGUCAGCCCUCGACUGGAGAAAUCCAGGGGUGACUCUGACAUGAUGAGAGCAGCGAUGUACUCCGUAGAGAUCACAGUUGAGAAGGACCUGGUCACAGGCGAGACCAAAGUCUUGUCCACCAACACACUACUGCCCAAAGAUCUCUCUCACCAGGGGGUCAAAGUGUAUGAGGAUGAACGGAAAGUGGUGCACGAGGUGCGUGGGACAGACGGCCCACUGACCAACGGCGUGCACCAGCUCAGCUCGUCCGAAGUGGAGGAGCUCAUCCACAAGGCCGAUGAGGCCUCCAUGAGCGACGGCAGCAAAGCCACACCCCAACAUGUGAUGGAGGCAGGCGAGAAGCUUGAGGCAGGAACGGGACAGGUCGGGGUCACUCCAGUCAAAGAGAUCACCGGUGUAGAAGCCAAACCCUCGCCGGCCGUGACCCAGACCGAGGUAAACGAUGCCAGUGCAGACAAGCCGGUCACAAUGGUGUUCAUGGGCUACCAGGACGUGGAGGAUGAGGACGAGACGAAGAAGGUACUGGGGCUCGAAAGCACCACGGUCAAAGCUGAGCUGGUAGUCAUCGAGGAUGGAGAAAACAAGAAUGGAGCCACAGAGGAGCAGGCACCACCAAACGGAGGCCCAGCUGAGCCGGCAAAAGCCCAGGAAGAGAAAGGCGAAGAGGGCGAACCCGAGGCUGGAGCUGCUGAAAUUAAAAGCAAAGAAAAGCAGCCUUGCAAAUGCUGUUCCAUCAUGUGAAACACUUCUUCACUGGGGAACUUGGGACUUUUCUUUCUCAGAUUGGUGCAUCGUGUCACCUCACAGACAAAAUAAUACCAACAAACAAAAGAGAGCAGAGAAAACAUCUUGUAUCUUUUGAUAGAAAGCUAUUGUUUUCUUACUUCAUUUGUACCAGUUUUAUAAUUUACUUUAUUUUUCCAUUUUUUGUUGUUCCUGUCAUAUUCUUUAGCCUCCUUUGGUUUUGGUUUAGUUGCAACUAAGACAAAAGCUGUUACACGAGUGGCGCCUGAUACCUUCAGCAAAGAAGUUAGCAGAUGAAGUAUCUUUAUCAUUGCUAUAAGAUCAACAAACCCUUUUUUGUUUUUCAUUUUUCAUAUUUGCAUAAGAAGGACUCAGAUAUCUCUGUAACUAUAUAAUAUACACUAUAUGAAUCAUUUAUUUUUAAUAUAUAUUUAUUUUCUGUUGCUUUAUCAAGCGCCCUAACAUUUUUUUUUCUUGCAGAAGCAUGAUGUGUGGAUGCUCUCUGGUCCUGUUAUUGCAUUAUCUUUCUCCUAAAAAUGGGGUGGGGUCGGGGGUGAGAGGGACCGCCGGGGUAGUGUGGAGGCUGAUCGCCUCAAAAUUGUGCGUAAUUCUACAUUCAUGACUGAUCAAAGCUGCGAGUAAUUUUCCUCAUGCGAGAGAAUGAGGGCUGAAGGUUACUCUUGAGGUAGUGAGUGUAAUGGGAUUUCAGUGGUAGAGAUGCUUAGUGGUCUGUUGACUUGGCAAGUGUGUGUGUGUGUGUGUGUGUGUCUAUUAUUCGAACGCUCAACCGCUUUUGUUUUAUGUCAGUCAUUGCCAUUAAAAAAAAUCGCACUUCACAGACCCUCACAUUUAUUAUUAGUACGAUGUUAAGAUGUUUCAUUGUCUCCCAACUGCAUUCAACUGUGCCACACACACACACACACACACACACACACACACCCAAUCAUGUCUAAUAUUUCCUCUCUGUUAAACAAUCCAACAUACUACACCGCAUUAAAGACUUUAAAAUCGAAUAGAAUUUAGCCGGUUUGGUUUGGAUGGCUGAUAAAGGCACUGCCUUUUUUAUUAUUAGUUAGAAUAGUCAAACCAAGUCAGCUGCCUGUGAAGCAAACAGGCAUCCUGAUGAUGCCAUCAUACACUGCCUUCAAUCUCCUCUCAGGCAGAACGAUCCACUUCUUUUAAAUUCACGACUAAUUUGCUGGAGCAGAACCUAUGCAAGAACACUCAUAUAAGCAAGCCAGUCGUUAUAUUCAGCGGCGAUUCUAAUAUUUGUCACAAUAAAUAACAUAGAGGUCUUGGUGGAGUCCCUGCAUUCAGAUCUGAAAAAAAGUGGUGCCCUGACUCAUUAAACGGAUAGCUAUGUAUGUCCACUGAAUGGAAUCUGGUUUAUUCUCUGAUUAAAGAUAAAGAUUCCUGUGGUGCUAAACAAUCCGAGCGGUCACGCAGCACAUUAUAUGUUUCAUGAAACAGCAAGGCUAGCCCUCAUAACCUUCGCUCCAAGUGCCGUCAGUAUUGCAGUGUAUCACUUUGUUAUUAUUUUCUAAUAAUAAUAUCUUGCGUGUGAACAGAUCGCUUCCUUUUUGCAUUGUUUUAUUCAUUUAUUAUCUGUAACAUAAUAGUGAGUAACAUUAUCAGAUAACUUUGUUGUAGGUAGGAGGAUAAAGCUGCGUUGGGCUUUUUUAAUGACGCUACCAGGAUAGUCAGAAGGUAAAUUGGUGGCUUGAUAGUGCAUAAGUGCAUUUGUGUGUUAGUGUGGUGUGUGUGUGUGUGUGUGUGGUGUGUGUGUGUGUGUGUGUGUGUGUGUGUGGGUGGGUGGGUGUGGCUGUGUUCUACAUUCAGUAUAAUAGCAUUGCCAGUACUUCAUUUCUUCUUCUGAGAAGAUUUUCUUUGGGUGCCUUUUCAUUUAGAAAGGCUCACAGAGAUUCGUAUAUAACACAUUGUGGUAGAUAAUAUGGGACCCUUUCAUCCAAUUAAAAGCAUAUUUCAUAACAAUAUUUCCAUUUGGAAAGAUGUCUUGUUAGUCGGUGUCUCAGAAUCCAGCUCCUUAUGUGGUUAUACAAAACCAUAAGACAAUAUCUUUAACGCUUAACCUUAACCUACAGUUAAUCUGGGCUUCCUGUCCCAUCACCCUGACUCACACAUAACACUCUCAGCAUCAUCACUUACCUCAGACUUGCUCAGCAGCACACUCUACUGUCUGUCAGUACUAACAUUCCAGUUCAGAUGAUUUUCCUCGGCCCCGAAUGCCUUGUUGCCCGGCCCCUUGCCGGGGCGUUUUCUCUUUGUACACAUGCAUGCUUUUUAUAGAUAUAUUGAUCAUUAUAUCUUCAUAUCCGUAUCCAUCAGUCGGUAAUGUCUCCCUCUCCCUGUAGUUGAAGUCUUGCCCUGUAUCAUCCAUAAUGUCUAUGAGAUUGAUGUAUUGAACAUAGUGUCUAGGAGCAUGAGGAGUGAAAGCGUGAUAGUGUCGAUGAGGUCACUUCCUGUGUUGGAGCAAAACUCUCAUCUACUUUAAUGCUCCAUUUUCUUCCUUGAAGGACAGACCCAUCUUAGGUUUCGUUUUGUUUGUUUUGUUUUUUUUAUUUCCACCUGGGAAUUGGUGUGUGUGUGCUCCCACUGCCACGGCUCUGUGCGCUUUCUCAGCUGUGAAGGUCUGCUUUCUUACCGGCUUGAAAGUGCUGUAGAACGAAUUUUAAACGAGAUAUUAAAAUGUGACGUGCUUUAAGGA